AUGCGAUUGGCAGGGGGCGCCGGAAGCGCUUUUGAGUCUCCAGCUCCGGCAAAGAUUGUUCCACGAGACGCGCGGAAAGGGUUGGGUGCGCGGUUUCCUUUAGGACCCAAGUGGAGAAGAACCACGACCCCGGAGGAGAUGGAACCCAGCUCCGAAAGCCGCACGUCCAGCGCGCUGUUUGCGGGGUUCCGGGCCUUGGGGCUUUUCAGCAACGACAUUCCACACGUGGUGCGGUACAGCGCGCUCAAGCGCCGGUUCUACGUGACGACCUGCGUAGGCAAGAGUUUCCAUACCUAUGACGUUCAGAAACUUAGACUGGUUGCAGUAAGUAAUUCUGUUCCACAGGAUAUCUGCUGUAUGGCUGCUGAUGGCAGGCUAGUCUUUGCUGCUUAUGGGAAUGUUUUCUCUGCAUUUGCCCGUAAUAAAGAGAUAGUACGUACCUUUAAGGGUCAUAAGGCAGAAAUCCAUCUUUUACAACCCUUUGGGGAUCACGUUAUCUCUGUUGAUGCUGACAGCAUUCUCAUUAUUUGGCACAUAUAUUCAGAAGAAGAAUACCUGCAAUUGACUUUUGAGAAAUCAGUAUUUAAAAUUUCUGCAAUUUUGCAUCCAAGUACCUACUUGAAUAAAAUACUUCUGGGCAGUGAACAGGGAAGCCUGCAGUUGUGGAAUAUAAAAUCCAAAACAGAUGGUCAUCCCAUAAUGGCAGCUGGAAGCCCAUGUGGUCAUAUUGGACUCUGGGAUCUAGAAGACAAAAAAUUAAUUAAUCAAAUUAGAAAUGCACACUCUACAGCAAUUGCCGGACUGACAUUUCUCCAUAGAGAGCCACUUCUUGUCACAAAUGGUGCUGACAACGCUCUCAGGAUAUGGAUAUUUGAUGGUCCUACAGGUGAAGGCCGACUUUUGAGAUUCAGAAUGGGACAUAGUGCUCCUCUUACCAGUAUCAGAUAUUAUGGACAAAAUGGGCAACAGAUUCUAAGCGCAAGUCAAGAUGGAACUCUUCAGUCAUUUUCCACAAUACAUGAAAAAUUCAACAAGAGCUUGGGACAUGGAUUAAUAAAUAAAAAGAGAGUCAAGCGGAAAGGACUUCAGAAUACCAUGUCAGUGAGACUUCCACCCAUCACAAAGUUUGCGGCAGAGGAAGCUCGUGAGAGUGACUGGGAUGGUAUCAUUGCUUGCCAUCAAGGUAAGCUAUCUUGCUCAACCUGGAAUUAUCAAAGAUCUACAAUAGGUGCUUACUUUCUCAAGCCAAAAGAGUUGAAGAAAGACGACAUAACUGCAACAGCUUUUAGUCCUGAUGGUCGUUGGUUAAUAAGUGCUGCCAUGGAUUGCUCUAUUAGGACUUGGGACCUUCCAUCUGGGUGCCUUAUAGACUGCUUUUUGUUGGACUCGGCUCCUCUCAAUGUUACUAUGUCUCCUACUGGAGACUUUCUGGCAACUUCCCAUGUGGACCACCUUGGAAUUUAUCUAUGGUCCAAUAUUUCCCUGUAUUCAAUUGUUUCAUUACGGCCACUUCCUACAGAUUAUGUCCCUUCAGUAGUGAUGCUUCCUGGUACUUGUCAAACUCAAGAUGUAGAAGUAUCAGAAGAAAUAAUAGAACCAAGUGAUGAAAUGAUAGAGUAUAAUUCACCAGAACAGUUGAAUGAGCAAUUGGUGACUCUUUCACUUCUCCCUGAAUCACGGUGGAAAAAUCUUCUUAAUCUUGAUGUCAUUAAGAAAAAGAAUAAACCAAAGGAACCACCAAAAAUACCCAAAUCAGCACCAUUUUUUAUUCCAACAAUUCCUGGCCUUGUACCCAGAUAUGCUGCACCUGAACAAAACAAUGAUCCCCAGCAGUCUAAAGUGGUAAAUCUUGGAAUUUUGGCUCAAAAAUCAGAUUUCUGCUUGAAACUUGAAGAAGGACUGAUUAAUAAUAAAUAUGAUGCUGCUCUCAACCUACUGAAAGAAUUAGGCCCAUCAGGAAUUGAAACAGAACUGCGAAGCUUGUCUCCUGAUUGUGGCGGUUCUAUAGAAGUCAUGCAGAGCUUCCUGAAAAUGAUUGGGAUGAUGUUGGAUAGAAAGCGUGAUUUCGAGUUAGCCCAGGCAUACCUUGCGUUGUUUCUAAAGUUACACCUCAAAAUGCUUCCUUCAGAGCCAAUACUCUUAGAAGAAAUGACAAAGUUGUCAUCACAGGUGGAAGAAAACUGGAUUCAUUUACAAUCACUCUUCAAUCAAAGCAUGUGUGUUUUAAAUUAUAUCAAAAGUGCUUUAUUAUAAAAAACUUCUGACUAAAAGACAUAUAUUAAAUAGGUUUAAUUUAA